CUUACAUGUCACGUUGGUCAGCUAUUCAGUUUACCAACUUAAGAAAUAUACACACAGCCGUGUGACCUGCAUCUGACAGAUCUCAGCUGUAGCGGCUCUAUUUGUAUAUAUAUAGUGAUAGACCGGAAAUUAUUUUAGCAAGAAAAUAACAGCGGAGUUUGAAACUUGUUAUGAUGUUUAAAGAAGUACACUAACUAUUAUAAUCAGGAAGUAGGUGCAUUUUAAUACAUCUUUGCAACAUUUCUCUUCUACAAACUGAUGAAUGUUUGACUGACAUAGCCCCAGUUCUAUCCAAGCAAUAGGAUUUGAUUAAUAGAACUUAUAUACAAGAUGAUGUAUGAAGAUUGGUUGUGAAGGUCUCGAGUUAAUUGAAAAUCGAAUGGAAACAUCUCAGUGAUUUAAUACUUACAGUUAUCCUGAAUUAUUAUCAGAGAACUUAAUAAUUUCAGUACAAUGGAAGAUGGCAAGCCUGUCAUUUACGGUCUUGAAUUCCAAGCCAGAGCUCUUGCAGCACAAGUAGCAGAGUCAGAAACAAUUCGGUUUCUUGUGGGAACACAAUCUUUGAAACUUGAAAAUAACCAAAUCCACAUUGUGGAAUUGCAUGAAGAUUCUGGGACUUUAUCAACCCAAGUAUAUCAACAUGCAGCAGGGGAAGUGUGGUCUUUAGCUGCUUCUCCUGGAGAUUCUAGCAAGAUUAUUACAUGCUUCAAUACACUAUCUGAAAAUGGAUGUCAAGUUAAAGCUGCUUUAUGGAAUCUCCCUAACCUGGAUAGCAUAUCAACCUUGAAUCCAAAAGAUGAAACUGACAAACUACCUCAAUUGGAAAAAGUGUGUUCCCUGGAGGCAAAAGAGCAGGUGCAAGAUGUACGUACUGUAGCUUUUCACCCAACAGAUGGUCAACGUGCUGUGAGUGUUCUGGACAGCCAGUGUAUGCUCUGGGAUUUAGGGCAGAAUGAUGCAAGGGUAACUACCACUGUGUCUCUUGAGGGCAAAGGACAUCCACGUUUCACUACAGGGAAAUGGAAUCCUCACCACAAUUAUUCCCAGUUUGCUACUGCCCAUGAUAGCCACGUUCGCAGUUGGGAUCUGCGAUCUCCACAGACACCAGCCUGGAGCAUUGAGAGUGCUCAUUGCCAACUCGUGAGGGAUGUAGAUUUUAAUCCUAAUAAACAAUAUUACUUGGCCACAUGUGGUGAUGAUGGCUGUAGUAAAUUCUGGGACUCAAGAGAUCCGUCUGAACCAAUUGCUGUUCGCUCUGAUCAUUCUCAUUGGGUGUGGCAAAUACGAUUCAACCACUUUCAUGACCAAUUGAUUUUAACAUCAAGUAGUGACUCUCGAGUAAUUUUGACAAGUAUGGCAUCUAUUUCAUCAGAACCAUACUCUAAUUCAGGAGCUGAUGAAGUAGCUGAAGCUGAAAGUGAACAACGAAGAAAAUUAGAAGAUGGUGUUUUAGCAACUUAUGAGGAACAUGAAGAUUCAGUAUAUUGUGUUGAAUGGUCUUGUGCUGACCCAUGGACAUUUGCUUCGCUAAGCUAUGAUGGAAGACUAGUUAUAAAUCAAGUUCCUCGAGAAGAUAAAUACAAGAUUCUUUUGUGACUGAAGUUACCAUUUUCUUUGCACUCUGUAUAUUAUUAAUACUGAGUGUGAAUAUCAUAUAUUAUGAAAAAUGCCAAUCAACAAUUAAUUAAUACCUUCUCUUGCAAUCUUUGAUCCCUUAUAUACCCUCUCACAAUGAAUCCACAUUCAUUGUCUGAAUGCAUCAGCAAACAAUUGGCUACAUUUGUGGUCAUCAUUUAAUUGAACUGGUGCGAUUAAAAUGGAAAAGAUUACUCUCAGAGUAAUUUUAAGAAACCUGUUUCCUGCCUAAACUAUUAAUCUAAUUUAAAAACUUCAUAUUCUAAAUUGCUAAGUACUGAGAAAAUCCAAACAAUCAGAAAUUUAAUAAAAAAGUAAAAAAUUAGAACUUUCUACAGAAAAACGGCAAUCAGGAAAAAUUAGCAGAUUUUUAAAUGAUUGUUUUAGAAGUGAAAAUAGCUCCAUACGGAAACCCAACUUAACACUUUUCUUACAAACAGUGCUAAAGAAUAGAGAGACAUCUUACACAAUAUAUCAAAAUGUCCCAGAAGGUCUCGUUUUUGCAAAUUACAGUGCAAGAAACACAACUCUUGUCCCUUCGGGCACAUGACAUCCUUCUUUUAAGGGCCUAGAAUUCAUCAUUUCUGAGUUGAGCACAUUGUGACAUAUUCCCCCCCCCC